UCCGCCGGUGUAAUGGAUAUUACGUUGUUUGUGUGAAUUUCAGGUGUUUGUGGUGGUUGGAUAAUUAGUUUUUUUGGUUUUAUAAUGAGGUGGUGUGAAUUGUUCUUGUGAUUUUGGAUUAGUUACAAAUAGUAAUACAAUAUGCGUGUUAUGCGAUAUUCUUUGUGUAUAAUAGUGGUUAUAUUAUUGCGAAUUCAGGGAUUUAGUACCCAUUAUCAAGAUUCUUUCACUUGCUGCUCCAAAACUGCGGGAUCAUGCCGAAGUUCUUGCGAAAAGACAUUCUUACAAUUCGUGGACAUGGCAGCUGACAGUGGUGUACGAGAAUCGGUUCUGCAUUCCGUUCGAAAAUUCUGCACACCUGAAUUGAUACCGUUCUGGACCUGUUUCAAUGAAACUUUGCAGGCAAUGUCACGUGGUGAAGACUGGUCUGGGAGGUCCUGCUGCAAAUUGGCUAGGGCCCCAUUAUGUCGUCAUGCUUGCAGCACUGGUUCUUCAGACGAUGACUUAAAAACAUCAUGUAGGCGGAGUGACGAACAAACGCUUUUCGACUGUGUCGAACGCCAGGCGCUGGGAGAUGAAUGUUGCGGUAGUGCCAGGACACCAGAUUGUCACGAAGUGGGUUUCGUACAUUUUGUAACUUCUUACGUUGCUUCAAAAAUAUAUUUUUAG